AUGGAGGAGAUCGUGUUCCGGUGUGACGGGUUCCAGAUCCAACCCGUGCCGGCACAAAGAAGUUACUGCCAGGAGGUGGAAAUCCUGCCUUCUCCCCUCCUGGUCCUCGAAGAAGAGAGAAGGUCCCGGCUACGGGGAGACCGCGUGAACCACGAUUACAGCUCCUCCUCAUCCAUACGGCUAAACAUCUCAUCGCUGGGAAUGAGUAUCUCUGUUCUCGGCCCCACGUUCAAUAAUUUGGCAGAGAAUGUGAACAAGACCAUCAGCAACAUCUCCUACAUUUUCGUCGGCCGCUCUGCAGGCUACAUCGGUGGCUCUCUGAUUGGAGGCAUUCUGUUUGAGUGCAUGAACCCUUACCUCCUGCUAGGUUUGUCGGUGCUGCUCACAGCAUUCGGGAUGUACGCCAUCCCUUUCUGUAAGCAGGCGGUGCUCCUCACUGGCUUCAUGUCCAGCAUUGGGAUAUCUAUGGGUGCUCUGGAUACAGGUGGCAAUGUUCUCAUCCUGAACACAUGGGGGGCACAUGCAGCUCCCCACAUGCAGGCUCUUCACUUCAGCUUCGCAGCGGGGGCCUUUGCAUCUCCCAUCAUCGCCAAGUUGCUUUUCGGCCCGGAUAGAAAUGGCGAGAUGGAGACCCCGACUAACUCAAUACUUCUUGGCACAAACUCAACGUCUGUCAUCACCGCAGCCCCCCCGUUGAUCAUCAAGUCCCUGUGGGCCUACAUUGUGAUUGGCUCCUUUCUCUUCCUCACCUCCUUCAUCUUCUUCCUCCUCUACUCUUGCAGCAGCGCGUCACAUGACAAGCCACGCUCGACAUCAGAGUGCUCCCUGGUGGCCAAGCACCACAUGGCUCUUGUCGUUUUGCUCUUCUUUUUCUUCUUCGCCUACGUGGGCGCAGAGGUGGCAUAUGGCUCCUUCAUCUUUACCUUUGCCAAGGAUUACGCCCACUUGUCUUCGCUUGAGGCGGCUGGGCUGAACUCACUGUUCUGGGGUGCUUUUGCUGCCGCUCGAGGGCUUGCCAUCUUUUUUGCGGCUUGCUUGCACCCAGGCACCAUGAUCCUCCUCUGCCUGGUGGGCUCCACAGUCUCCUCUCUUCUCCUUAGUCUCUUCAGCAGAAAGAAUGUGGCUCUUUGGGUCUGCAGCUGCCUCUAUGGAGCAUCCAUGGCUACCACCUUCCCCAGCGGCAUCUCUUGGUUGGAGCAGUACACCACUGUUACGGGUCACACAGCGGCAGCCUUUGUAGUGGGGGCGGGUCUGGGUGAAAUGGUACUACCGGCGCUUGUCGGCUUCCUGUUGGGGAAGUUCCCCAAGCAGCCUCUGCUGAUGUACCUGUCACUCAUCAUGGCCAUCUUCACCUCCAUCCUUUUCCCAGUCAUGUACAAGCUGGCAUCAGCGCCCAGCAGCCAGAGCAGGAAGGUCCGCAGCAUUGGCCGAACGGAUGCCGAUGAAAGCGAGUGCAGGCAAGCGCUGCUGGACUCGGGAGCCAACGAGGAGGAAGAGGAGGAGCUGGAUGAAGCUGAUCAGUGGAACGACGCAGACUUUGAGGUUAUUGAAAUGGACGAUGCAUCAAGUGGAACGAAUUCACCCAGCAAAGCGUCGUCUCCUGAUGUCUGUGCUGAACCGGCCUCCUGCAGCCAGCUGGAGGAGGCCGCAGGAACCAUUCUGGUUAAAGACUCUCCCAGACACAAAAUGCUGCUUUCUCUGAAAAGACAAAAGAAAGACUGA